AUGUCCGCGUCUGGUGAAUUUGGUAACCCAUUACGCAAGUUUAAGUUGGUUUUUCUCGGUGAACAAAGCGUGGGAAAAACAUCUCUGAUCACUAGGUUCAUGUAUGAUAGUUUUGACAACACAUACCAGGCAACUAUUGGAAUAGAUUUCUUAUCAAAAACAAUGUACUUGGAAGAUCGCACAGUGAGACUGCAACUGUGGGAUACGGCUGGACAAGAGAGGUUCCGUUCCCUCAUUCCCUCUUAUAUCCGAGACUCAACUGUUGCUGUUGUUGUGUAUGAUAUUACAAAUGCAAAUUCAUUCCACCAGACCUCGAAAUGGAUCGACGACGUACGCACGGAGCGCGGCUCUGACGUGAUCAUAAUGCUGGUCGGCAACAAGACGGACCUUUCAGACAAGAGACAGGUGUCCACCGAGGAGGGAGACCGCAAGGCCAAGGAGCUUAACGUCAUGUUCAUAGAGACCAGCGCCAAGGCUGGAUACAAUGUCAAACAGUUAUUCCGACGGGUAGCAGCUGCCCUUCCUGGCAUGGACUCAGCCGAAAGCAAGCCUCCUGAAGACAUGCACGAGGUGAUAUUGCGACAGGCGCCUGGAGACAACAAGGAACAGGACCAAGGAUGCGCCUGCUAG